UUUUUUUUUUCUUCUUAUUAUUUUCGGUUUUCCUUCCCUUCCCAGGCAUCAAGUUACUAUGCCAUUUUCUCUUCACACGGUUUUCAGAGACUUUCAGAUCCACUCCGCCACGGCCGUCGCUCGUUAACUACUAACCUACUACAAUUAUCCGCCUGUUGCAAUCCCCAGCCAAGCCAUAUUCGUUUCCCAAAAUACCCUCACCAUGCGCCUUAACUUCACGGCAACUCUGAUCCUCAUUAGCGCAUGCAUACGCGGUGUCUGUUCUCUGUCGUGCGCGUCGGAUUAUGAGCCAUGUUUUGCGAAAGGCGCAGACCGCGGUGCAUCACCGCCCAGUAUUGGAGAUGACAUGGUGGGGCUUUAUACCGAUUUGGUGGCCAGCGUGGAAGGAUAUUCGCUGAAGAGGCAUGUUCUUUCAGUCGCGGACCCAAGUUCUCAAGGUAUAGCGGCUGGUCUUUUGCAGCGUAGGGAUGAUGAGAGGGGUAGUUUAUGCUGCUGGUCGGGAAUGCAAUGUCUUCUGCUGAAAGGGCGCAAGAUCUCAUUCUGCUGGGAUCGCUUCACGACGAAUUUCUUCUUUCCGGACUCCUCUCACGGCUCCAUAACGACGGGAAUUUACGUUACCCCAUCCCAAGACACCGUCAACCUCAUCCUCGGCAACUACACUCUCUCGUCUGGCGAAAGGGGAAACAUAUACUCGUCCUCUCCCGGCUCCAAGCCAAAUCUCAGCACGCUACAUCUGCCCAGCCAGUUCACCGCAAGUGGAGAGGGUACGGCCAUUCCGGGCAGCGAGCUGGGCGCGCCGGCGGAAACAGCGACAGGACCAGGACAGGAUGGCCCUCGACCAACACGAGCAACUGUGACAGUCACAGUCAGCGGUGGGGCCUCCGCGACGAAGUCGGCUGAUGCUGCGACACCCAAAAGCUCUCAGUCAUAUAUAUCUGCUGUCAUCAGUGCGAUUCUUGCUGCCCUGGCAAUGUGAAGAAGACAAUAAGGGAUACACCAGGAUUACAUCAAAGUCACCCCAGAAAAAAAAAAGAAAAAAAGAAAAAAAA